AUGCCAGCCCUCCCCAGCUUCUCGACCAUCCUAUACUGGACCUGUUACCUCAUUCCAAUAUACCUUUUCAUCAUCGCGCCGGGUCUUCGCACUCUUUUUCCAGGCCAGCCACCGGCCAUCUUUUUCGACGAUGAUUUCUACGCUCCCGACGAACUUGCGCCUGCCUUCAACAACAAAAACGACAUCAAGGCGGAAGACUCGGACGAGCUGAAUUGUCCGGAUGAUGCGUACCGCGUGCAUUUAUUCUCGCGCAGUCCACUGGUCAUCUACGUUGAGGAUUUCCUGAGUGUUUCGGAGACGGAGCACUUGCUAGCUAUCAGGUCUCUCUCUCUCUCUCGCGCGCGCGCGCUGCCUUCUGAAAUAUUGCUAACGCAGAUAGCUAGUGAAAACAAAUACACCCCCUCAAGCGUCUUUGACGGCACCUCUGAACGCGUCGACCCUUCCGUACGCCUCUCCGACCGCGCCCUGCUGUUCCCCAACGACACCGUCGUGCAAUGCCUGGAAGCACGCGCGCGCUCGUUUCAGGGCUGGCGACCAAACCUCUCCAUUGAGCCGAUGUGGGCACAACGAUACAAUGUUUCUGGAUACUACCGGCACCAUUACGACUGGGCGGGCACUGCGCACGCCAGUGGGGAUAGAGUGAGCACGUUUAUGGUCUACGUUGAUACAAAGAAUUGUACAGGCGGAGGCACGAAUUUCCCGCGGUUGAGGAGGCCGCGUGGGCCACAGUGGUGUCGGUUUUUGGAGUGUGACGAAGAAGAACAACAAAAAGAAAGGGGGGUUACGUUUAAGCCGAUCAAGGGGAAUGCUAUAUUUUGGGAGAAUUUAAAGCCGGAUGGAUCGGGGUAUUGGGAGACGUGGCAUGCGGCAUUGCCGGUGCGGUCGGGGUCCAAGGUUGGAUUGAAUAUAUGGAGUUGGUAUCAGCAGAGUCAAAGGACUUGA